AUGGUUCAGGAAACCCACUGGGGGCUGGGAAAAACCGAAGGGAAGUGGCGCAUCGGCACCUGCACGGCGAUAGUAAGCCCGGACUCCAAAAGUCGCUACGCGGGUGUUGCCACUUUUGUGUCUUCAAGAAUUGCAGAGGAGUCCCAGAUCAGCCACAAUGUCUGCCUGCCAGGCAGGAUACUGCACGUACGCUGUGAAGGCGCACGAACCCGGCUGGAUAUUGUGAACUGCUAUCAAUGGGUCUGGCAAGACAAACAGGCAGAGACGGUGCAGAAGAACAGGUCUCAUUUCUGGAGCAAGCUGGGCGGUUUGCUGCACUCACUGCCGGUCCGGAAUACGCUCCUCUUGGGGGCUGACUUCAAUAGCAAACUGCGACCGGUGGCUGGAUUGGUAGGACGAGGCCUCAUGAAGAGCAGCCAGGGAAACGAGACUGAGCUGGAGGCAAUCUUGCAAACACACAAUCUGGUCCUGGCCAACACGUGGACAAGUUCCAGGCCCAGUAAGGCGCAUACGUUCCGUAAUGGUGCAACAAUGAGUCAGCUGGACUUUCUAGCCACACGACGGCUCACCGUGGAUGCUGAGGCCAAGAAAUCAGCACCUGUUUUGCUUGAUUUGGUACCCUGGCGUAAAGGACCUAAGCAUAGACCUGUGAGUGGUUCUUUCAAGUGGGUCGCUGGAUGGAGUUGUGCUAAAAAGAAACAGAAAUCACAGGCCUACUCUAAACAAGACCUCAGGGAACACUUAGCAGCUAACACUGACAGGGCACAGGUUCUUCGCUCUUUUGUGCAAGGGGCCAUAGCAGAGUCUAGGGACAGACUGUGCUUCAGAGAGCUCAAUCGUGUCGUGCUGCGCAAGUGCGUGGAGCUCUUCCCGGCCAAGCAGGUAGCAUCGGACAAACCCAGAGACAUGCCGCAAGUUCAGCAAGCCAUUAACAGCAUGUGGCUGGCAUAUGAACAGCUCCGCGCCCCGUUGCCGACUGGGCAAUUUCAGCGUGCAUCCGUGGCCGUGUCUAGACAGCUGCACUUCCAAAAGGCUAGUCGAGAAAUGAAACAACAUAGCAGACAAGCUAGGAAGCAAUGGUUGUUGGAUAAAAUCGUGCUUGCGGAACAGGCUGCGCAAAAGAAAGACUAUGCUGAGCUCUAUAGAAUCAUUAACAAGGUCGCCCCGAAGAAGCGCAGAGAACAGGUGCGUAUCCGUAGCCGAGACGGAGGACUCCUCACAAAACAGCAGGAGUUUGCGGAGAUCUUUGACUAUUUCAGCAAAGCUUUCAAGUCAGGGAGUGCAUGCAUAGGCACCACGCCCAACUGUCUUGUGUUGUCUAGGGAGGAAGUUACUGACGCCCUGUCACAGCUCAAACGAGGGAAGGCUGUACCCACGGCCAGUGUGCCAGCAGAGGUUUGGCAAACCUGUCCGGAUGAGUAUGCCGAUGCACUCUCGGGCAUGCUUUCAGCUCGUGCCAAUCACGGGCUCGCAGUGCCGAGUGAGAUCUCCCACUGUGAGCUAUCGCUAAAAGCCCUUGCCGCCGCACUGGAUAUGGCUGGAGUGUCCUUGGCGUUGAGGGAUGCCAUUGUCUCUCUGCAUAAUGCGUGCAAAUAUGCAGUCAAGCAUCACGUGCAUAGUGCCGAAUUCCCUAUGGAAAUGGGAGUAAGACAAGGCUGCACAUUGGCUCCCACGCUCUACAGUCUCUUUACAGCGCUGUUCUGGAGACAGCUCGCGCAAUGCACGACGCCAGAGUGGGCAGACAGCUGCGUCACCAUGUUCGCCGAUGACAAACAUAUGUUUUGGUCGGUUGAAUCGGCUGCGGCACAGAAUCGUCAUCGCCUGCUGAAAUUUUUGCAUGGCAAGAUGCUUUCUCUCCAAGAGCGGGUUCGCCUCUACAACGCCUGCGUUCGUAGUGCUUUGUUGUACGGGUUGCACGUGGUUGGGUUAACAGGCGCUUCCGCCAGAACUCUUGAUUCCUCGGACAUGAGAUCUCUACGUGCCAUAGCAAAGUCGCCAGCGCAUCUCUCCAGAGAAAGCAACACGGCGCUGCGAAGACGCCUGCACAUAGACUCGGCUGUCGAGGCGGUGCAGAGGAGAGUGCAGCGCAAAACAGCUGGAACCAUGGCUACCAAUGACACAGAAUGGUAUGCCGGCCUGCAGGCGAGCCUGGAAGAGAUCAUGAAGUAUGUUGAUGCAUCGGAGCCUGUGCAUCUUUCACGAGAUCUGUUCCCGGGGGUAGCUCCACAGCAGGAGGGGCUGCGAAUGGGGUCCACGGACCGGGCCCCUCAGGCAGACUCCCCAGGGCCUGCUCCAAUGACGGAGGACUAUGCAGCGGUGGCCAGGAAGGAUGCGGCAACGGUGUUUGGGGAGGACGAGGACAAGGACAUGCCCCAGCAGGAGAAGCCCACGGAGCAGGAGGAUCCUUGGAAGGACCGCUGGCACAGGGCAGGGACAGGGGAGCAAACCAAGUGGCCAAAGGCGCAGAAGGGACAGUAUGGAGGCAAAGGAAGCUGGUCUUCAUGGACCCAGAACCCCAAGCGCAAGCAUGCGGAGCCGGAGGAGGCUCAAGGGGGCGUCGGGGAGUUGGACCAGGCCACCAAGGAGCUCAUCGGGGCCAUGACGCGGAUGAGCCUCAGGCACGAAGCGGAGCUGGCCCGGCUGAAACAAGACACCGGGUUUAUGCUGUUCAUAGACACAGCAGACUACAGCUGCUUAGCCAAGCUUCGAGCGGCGGGGGACAAGUGGCAGACACAGUAUGCCAACCAGCAGGUCACCACGUCGUUGAAGGUGGUCUUGAUGUCGGGCCUUUGCCAGCUGCUGCGCCGAAAGGUGGAAGAACUGCAGAAGGACGAGGCGAACCUCGAGAGGCUCAUGAAGGUGGGGUGGCUGUCGGAAGGACGCAAUGCCCUGGAUCCGGUCUUCCACUUUUACGAGUGGAGCCCAUCCGAGAAGAAGGAGCUUCGCUCCACAGUGCCUCCCAUUCCACUGACGGAGGUCCUGGGCAUGCUGGACACCCUCGAGCAGAACAUCACGGUGCCGGGCGUGUUAACGCAAUUCAAGUCCACCCGACAGUGGAGCGAGUCCCACCGCUCGGAGGUGAUGCCUUUUCAGGUAUCCCUGAGCCUUCGCCACGAGGAAGCCCAUCGCUGCCAUCGAUGCUUCGUUCGCCUAUCCGGGAACUCGGCGAUGAAGUUGCUGGGAGCCAGACUGCGGCUGGAGAGGGGGCAACGCAGCAAUCUAGCUCGGGAAGUGGAGGACGCUUAUCGUGCUACCAGCUACUGCAAUUGGGGGCCAAGGCGCGAUUGGCAGAAGCCGCAGUCCACCUCGCAGACGGCAACGGAGGGCGAGAAGCCAUCGACCUAG